CGACUUUGUACAUAGCUGAAAACUUCCCCCUCGGAAAUCAAGAGAACAUCAACCAAAAGGUCGGUUAUUUGCGGUGAAGUAUGAAAACGACACUUGUUGUAGUUCUUGUCGUCUGGUUGUUGUUGGGCUAUUUCAUUCUUCCUGAAUUUGAAGAGGCUUGGAUAAACGACUGGGAUGGCGUUUUGGACUUUCAGUGUCAACAGAAGUACUCCAUCAAGACCAUAUCUAGUAUCCAUGACAACUAUCACGAGGAUAGGCGUUGGCAUUUCGACUGUGAAAAAACUUUUCAAGAUCCAUCGUGCUAUUUCACGAACUACGUCAACGACUGGGACGGUCUGAUUCAUUUUACCUGCAGUAAUGGAGAGGCGAUCGCGGGUUUUAACAGUUACCAUGACAAUCACAGAGAAGACAGAAGAUGGAAAAUCUAUUGCUGUAAAGAAAAAAAUAAAUGUUCCAAAGCUUGCACUUGGACAAGGUAUGUUAAUGACUGGGAUGGACACUUGCACUACACUGUCCCCAAUGGCUACGUUUUAAGAGGUGUCAUCAGUGAACACGACAACGACAGAGA